AUGGUCAAGCUCAACAACAAAGAAGUCGGCCAAGUCGGCUACGGCCUCAUGGGCCUGACAUGGCGCGCCGACCCUCCUCCGCAAGACCAAGCCUUCGCCGCCAUGCGCGCCGCCGUCGCCAGCGGCUGCAUCGCCUUCAACGGCGGCGAACUCUACGGCACGCCCGAACGCAACUCCCUACAGGUUCUCUCUGCCUACUUCAAGAAAUACCCCGAGGACGCCGAGAAAGUCGUCCUGUCUAUCAAGGGUGGCUGCAUCCCCGGCACACUGGCAAAGCCCGACGGCAGCGCCAAAAACGUUCGGCGCAGUAUCGAUGAGUGCCUCAAGUGGCUCGGCGGCAAGAACGGCGACGGCAACAAGUUUCUGGAUCUGUUUGAGGUCGCGAGGCUGGAUCCUAACGUCCCUGUCGAGGAGACGAUUGGGGCGAUUGCGGAGUAUGUCAAGGCGGGCAAGGUGGGUGGCAUCAGUUUGAGCGAGGUGAAUGCGAAUACGAUCCGGAAGAUUCAUGCCAUGCACCCCGUUUCGGCGGUCGAGGUCGAGUUUUCGCUGUGGAGCACAGAUAUCUUGGACAAUGGAGUUGCGAAGACUUGUGGAGAGUUGGGGAUUCCUAUUGUUGCAUACUCGCCUCUUGGACGAGGAUUCUUGACUGGCCAAUUCCAGAAGUACGAAGACAUCCCCGAAAACUCGAUGUUGAAACACAUGCCGCGCUUCCAACCCGACGUCUUCGACGAGAACAUCAAGCUGCUGCACGAGGUCGAGAAGAUUGCGAAGCAGAAGAACGCGACGCCAGGUCAGAUUGCGCUUGGUUGGGUCAUCGCUCACAGCGGGAAGAACGGUCUCGGUGACAUCUUGCCAAUUCCGGGAGCAACCACAGAAUCAAGGGUCAAAGAGAACGCAGCACCGGUCAAGCUUAGUGAUGAAGAUUUGACGACAAUCUCGGACAUCUUGAAGAAGUUCCCUGUUCAGGGUUACCGCUAUCCUGAGCAUAUGCGGGGACAUCUCGAGCAGUAG